GCAGGCCCCGCCUCCUCUGACGUUCUCUUGCGUGGACCCCGCCUCCUCACGCUUCCCUGCGUCGGCCUCGCCUCCUCGCCUGCGCCCUUACGUCGGCCUCGCCUCCUCGCGCGCUCGCCUGUGUCAGCCGCACCUCAUCAUACGCUCUCCCGCGUCGGCCUCGCCUCUUCUCGCUCCCUUACGUCGGGCUCGCCUCCUCGCCCGCGUCCUUGGAUUGGCUCCGCAUCACGUGCUCCUUUGUGUCAGCCCGGUCUUCUCACGCAUUUUUGUCCCUUGACCCUGCCUCCUCCUUCUUUUUGCUGGCCCCACCUCCAGUGCGUCCCUUAGCUGCUCCCGCUCAGGCACCAUGACGACUCUGGAUGACAAGUUGUUGGGGGAGAAACUACAGUACUACUACAGCAGCAGUGAAGAUGAAGACAGUGACCAUGAGGACAAGGACAGAGGCAGGGGUGCCCCAGCUAGUAGUUCCAUGCCUGCUGAGGCUGAGCUGGCAGGUGAAGGCAUCUCAGUUAAUACAGGUCCAAAAGGUGUGAUCAAUGAUUGGCGCCGCUACAAGCAGUUGGAGACAGAGCAAAGAGAAGAGCAGUGUCGGGAGAUGGAGAGGCUGAUCAAGAAGCUGUCAAUGACCUGUAGGUCUCAUCUGGAUGAAGAGGAGGAACAACAGAAACAGAAGGACCUCCAGGAGAAGAUCACUGGGAAGAUGACUCUGAAGGACUUUGCCAUGAUGAAUGAGGACCAAGAUGAUGAAGAGUUCCUGCAACAGUAUCGGAAGCAGAGAAUGGAAGAGAUGCGGCAGCAGCUUCACAAGGGGCCUCAAUUCAAGCAGGUUUUUGAGAUCCCAAGUGGAGAAGCGUUUUUAGAUAUGAUUGAUAAAGAACAGAAAAGCACCCUCAUCAUGGUCCACAUUUACGAGGAAGGCAUUCCAGGGACCGAAGCCAUGAAUGGUUGCAUGAUCUGCCUUGCUGCAGAGUACCCGGCUGUCAAAUUCUGCCGGGUGAAGAGCUCAGUUAUUGGGGCCAGUAGUCGGUUCACCAGGAAUGCCCUUCCUGCCCUGCUGAUCUACAAGGGGGGUGAACUGAUCGGCAAUUUUGUUCGUGUCACUGACCAGCUGGGAGAAGAUUUCUUUGCUGUGGACCUUGAGGCUUUUCUGCGGGAAUUUGGAUUACUUCCUGAAAAGGAAAUCUUGGUGCUGACAUCUGUGCGCAACUCUGCCACCUGUCACAGCGAGGAUAGUGAUUUGGAAAUAGAUUGAACUGAUAGUCUAGUUGCAUAGAUUUCUCAUUGUUUGGGCUGGAAGACAUGUCUGUUUAUUUUUGUUUCUUCCUAUGUCUUCUGGCUUUUCAGCUGUUCUUUGUAGUACUUUUCAUUAUGUGUAAAAUCAAGAAAUUCUUAGAUUAAAUCAGAAUGCUGAAUCACUUUGUGGCUAGCAAUAAAAUGACUUCAAAUUGUAUAAACAGGAAGCUAGGCUUUUGAACUGUUUGCUUAAGAUUCUCUAGCAUGACAUCUUUGUUACUGUUUCCAGUCAAUAUUUACAAGGAAUCCUAAAGACAGUGUCCUAGAAAUUAUCUUCAGAUGAUCUCAGAGAUCUCUACCAGGUCUGAGAGUAUAAUUCUUCAGUUCGUGUGUUAUUUGCAAUAUAAAUAGUGCACUUCCUUAAUCAAAUGAAUGUAAGUUAUAUUUACUUGUAAUCACAUCCAUGGCUCUAGGAGACAGUUAUAUAUUUUUUUCUCUAGACUCCCUUCUCCAUCCCAGUCUUUCUUGAAGGUUCCAGAUGAUGCACGUUUGCUGUCAGGAGGGGUGGCCUCUGCACUGGAGUCAGUGUAUCGUUCAAGCAUCACAAAGUCUGGAACAGGAGGAAGGGUCCAUGUUGACUGCCCUAGUGACGCUGGAAUUCAAGUGUUUUAUUGACUUGUAGCUGGGUAGAGCUGGAAAGCUUUUUAAAGGAGGAUCUUUAAAUGAAAUGUCCCUGCUCGUCUCUUUUUCUCUUAUUUAACAAGUAUCUUAUUUAAUCUAGAUUUUUUUAAUACUUUUUUUUUUGCAUAUUAGAAAAUGAUUUAUAUUCAGUAGAGGAAAAUUGACCAAAAUUCAGAAGCAAAAAUGCAAAUAUUAAAAUAAUCUUUAAUUGUACCACCUAGGAUAAAACACUGUUAAUAUUUUUUAUUUCCUGCCAAGGUAUUUUCCAUGUAUUCAUAGACAUUUCGUUUGUUCGUCUUUAAACAAAAUAAUGGGAUCAUCCUGAACAUACUGUUUUAUAG